GCGGAGAACCUGGAGCUAGACCGGAAGAGAUUGGCUGCGCAUGCAGGUUUCGAUGAGGCCUGCAUGAAGGAGGUCUUCUAUUACAUUUCUUCGGGACAGCCUACCUUCGACAUCGUGGGUCUGCGGCAGGCCUUCAGGGAUCAGCAGAUUCCUGUGGCUGAGAAGGAGUUAGACCUAAUGUGGCAGCGCUAUGCCACAAGCUUUGGAUCUGGAGUGUCCCUGGAGCACUUUCAGCGUCAACUGAGAUACGACCCCAUGUGGACGCCGGAGAGCUGCACGGCAACGAGCAGGCUGCUUGUGGCUGUGGUGCAGACCAUGCUGCGGCAAGCAACGACUGAUGCAGCCGCUGAAGAUGGCAAG